CCCCAUAUACAGUGUGAAUCACCAGCGUUGCCAGCACGGAAUUGCGUCAUUUUUAGCGAUAAGUUUUGCGGCAUUCGAUGAAAUUCAGUCUAUUGGGAGUGCUCAAGGGAAUAGCAUCUGUGACUACUUUUGUUCUCAUACUCGCAAUAUCCAGUACAAUGGCCGAUCCAGUCCCAGUGUCCAAGGGCUUCUCGAAGUUCGCCAUUCAGCUGUACCAGGAAUGUGUAGCUGAGAAGGGUGGGAAUGUCAUCAUCUCCCCGUUCUCCGUCCAGUCGGCAGUCUCUCUGGCUCUGAUGGGAGCCACCGGCGACACUGCCCGCGAGAUGGCCACGACAAUGGGCUAUGCAAGUGCAGACAAGAAUGCCAUUGCGGACAAUUUCGCCAGCCUGCUCACGACGUACAAGGACAGUCCUCUGCUGAAGAUUGCCAACAAGGUGUAUGUCAUGAACAAAUACCAUGUCAAGGCGCAGUUCAAUGAAUUGGCCACCAAGAAGUUCAACUCUGAGGCUCAAAGUCUGGACUUUGCUGAUAAUGUCAACUCGGCAAAGACCAUCAACACCUGGGUUGAAGACAAGACGAAUAAUAAGAUCAAGGAUCUGGUUCCCAGUGACGCUCUCAACUCGGACACGAGGUUGGUCCUGGUCAAUGCCAUCUACUUCAAGGGAUUGUGGGAGAACAAGUUCAAGCCUGAGAACACCAAGAAGUUGCCUUUCUGGACCACCAAGGACAACUCUGUUGAUGUCGAUAUGAUGAACACGAAGGCUGACUUCAAAUAUGGAGUCUUUGACGAUUUGGACGCUGUGGCCUUGGAGAUGCCUUACAAAGACUCCGAUCUGUCCAUGUUGAUCAUUCUGCCGAACCAGCGCGAUGGCCUGCCAAACCUGGAGAAGGCUCUCAGCGGCAAGGAUCUGUCUGAGAUCACGAGCCAAAUGUACAAGACUGAAGUCAUUGUGCAUCUGCCCAAAUUCAAAAUCGAAUAUGACAUUGAGCUGAACAAAGUUCUCUCCAAGAUGGGCAUGGCCAGAAUGUUCAGCGAUGCUGCUGAGUUUGGAGACUUGCUGGAGGAGGCUGAUCCACUCAAGGUGUCCAAGGUGCUCCACAAGGCAUUCAUUGAGGUGAACGAGGAAGGUGCCGAAGCAGCUGCAGCUACUGGAUUUGUGAUACACUCAAGAACAGCACACGUGGCUCUGUUUCAAAAGAGAUUCAAUGCUGAUCAUCCAUUCUUCUUUUCAAUUACUUCAAAAUCAAGUGGUCCAGUUUUCAGUGGAAGCCUUCGAAAUUUCUAAUACUAACAAUGUGCCAUAAUACAGCAUACUCUGUUAGAAAUACUCAACUUCCCAGAAAAAUCUUUUGUUUAAAUUUUGUACAAAAAGUAGUAAUUUUCUUGAGAUGUUUGCUUCUUAAGUCAAUUUAGUAGAGAAUAUAUUAUGGUUGUGGAAUCAAAACAUAAAAUGUUCUCGUCGACAUUUCGUAGUGGAUAAAUCAUAUUCGUCAAUUAUAACACUACGCCUUUACGAAGAAGAGUUUCGGUGCGAAUUAGACCGUGGUAAAAAUUUUCUUAUAGUGUUCAUAUAUACUAAAGUACAUAAAUUUACUUUUUUACACUCGACAAAAUAUGAAAAUAGAUUUACGACAAAUUACAAUGGAUUAUUCUUGAAAUUAUAAAUUUACCUAGACUUCUAAUGGAAGUAAAUUGAAAAUAAAUUACUUGUUGAUGAA